AGCAGCAGCAGCUCUACAACAGACACCCCCCAUGAGUGAACCCCAUCACACCCUCAUGCAACCUAUGCCCAUGGCCCUGGCUAUCUACCCAGGCUUCCAAGGGAGUUUUGAUAUAGCGAUUGGAGAACAACCCCAGUUAACCAUUCCAAAUCCACACCUUUUGACCACAGUAUAUCAAAAUGAGCAGGUUCUCCAACUGAAGACUAGAAUGAGGGAUGAAGAGCUUAAGGCACUUUACAUGUACGAAGAAAGAAAAGUUAAGUCCCUAAAGAAAGCAAAAUCCUUUUUGUCCCAAGAAAGUUUGGAGAAAAGGUUUGAUGAGCUUCAGGCCAAAAUUGAACAACAACAUGCCAUCAUAGUGAGUACAUACAGAGGUUGUGUGAUCCUGUUUCUGACGUUUGAGUCUGAGCCCAAAUUUGCCCAUUUCUGGGGUUCCUGCACGAGCGGCCGCCUGUCUGACAGCCUGACUGAGCUGCUGAUGACUGAGGAGAUGCAGAGCCUGGAGGGAGGAGACCAGCUGGUGGUGAGGACUCUGGUUCUGGAGCAGGACUACAGAGCUUGGAGGGACUACUUUGGGAAAGGUGCAACAGGACAGGUGGAAGCUGAUGUACCUGCCCAACCUGUCCCAGGUGAGCCACAGCUCCCUGAGGAAGAGCAGGUGGAACAGGUGACAUCACACCUGGCAUCGCUGGGCACUUCCAGACAGCCAGAAGAACUAGAGAUCACACAGAAAACAAGGGCAGGAAGCAUCCGAUCCAUUGCAAGUGUCCAGUCAGUCGCAAGUGUCCAGUCAGUCGCAAGUGUCCAGUCAGUCGCAAGUGUCCAGUCAGUCGCAAGUGUCCAGUCUGUCGCAAGUGUCCAGUCUGUCGCAAGCACCCUAUCGUCAGGAAGCGUUCUGUCAUCAGAUUCAGGCUACGCAUCAGCUGGCAGCCAGAUGACUUUGUCGGAAGGCAAAAACAUUGCACCAAAGUACAAAGCAGAGGCAGAAGAAGCUAUCUCCAAGAUAACUGAGGGAAUGGAAAACAUUGACAGGGAACUCACAGCCAUCAAACAGAACUGUCAGGAAGUAGAGAAGGAAAUCCAGCAGCACUACAAGCAGGUAAUCUCCAAACUCAAAUUGGAAAGGCAGGAGGUAAUCACAAACAUACAAAAAGUCAACAGAGACAGAAAAGGGGAACUGACUCAGGAAAAAAAGAGAUUGCAGAUGGAACUUGGAAAGAACAAGGAAAAGGUAGCAUUCUCUCAAAAGAUUUUAGACUGUAAAAAUGAAAAGGAGCUUCUUAUCGUAAAGCAACAAAUAGAAGAAACGCUCCAGAAACUCUCCUUGCAGGAAACACAAACUAGGAGUUUGGAUGAUUGUAAAAGAGUGUCCUUCCAACCCUGUAGCCUAUCCCAGGUUUCUGGAGGUUCCUUCUCAGUACCUGUGUUUGGUAGGUUCAGUAUUGCUGUACAGGAGUCGGUAGUAGAGAGUCUGCCUAGCUCUGUCACAGUCACAACCAACACUGCAGAUCUUACAAGUGGGGAUGUUACACCACAGAUAGAGGUGACCUCACCACAGGGCAAAGCCACCCUGAUACAGACUACAGCACACAGUAGCCCCCCACUAGCUGCAGGGAAGGGACAAACCAGCAGAGUUAGGAGGGUCUGGGGUGCUGAGUGGAGACCUCUGGAGUCAGGGAAACACUCACUGGGGGUCUGUAUGGGGGGUAUGAAGGACCUGGGUUCUCUCACUGUAGAUGUGGGCAGUAACAACCCUGUACUGAGGUUUGGGCAGAAGGGCAACCAGCAGGGGCAGUUUGACAGGCCUGUAGAUGUAGCAGUCAGGGGGGACAGGCUGUAUGUGGCUGAUACUUUCAACAAGCGUGUUCAGGUGUUUGAUCUGAGUGGGAAAUUUUGUCAUUCAUUUCCUACUAUCAACCCUGUAGGACUUGCAGUUCAGACUGAUGGCACCAUAGUGGUGAAAUCUGUGUAUGAAGUGACGAAAUUUUCACCAUCAGGGAAACUGCUACACAAAUUUCCUCUGGGUGAAUAUUGCAUAGACCCCUAUGGCCUGGCAGUACAGAGGGAUGGGAGGGUUGUUGUAGCUGAUCCAGACAAACACAGCAUCUUCCUGUUUGAGGCAGAUGGGACACUGGUGAAACAGGUGGGAGGGCAGGGGAAGGGGGAGGGGCAGUUUGAUGAGCCACGUUUUGUCUGUGUGGAUAAAGAAGAUAACAUCAUUGUGGCAGAUAAAAGAAACCACCGUGUUCAGGUGUUUGACAAGAAUCUGAACUUUAAACACAAGUUUGGUCAGUGGGGCAGACAGCCACAGGACAUGUGGGGUCCUCAUGGUGUGUCAGCUGACAGCAGGGGGAACAUAGUUCUGGCUAAUGGAGGAGAUAACUCUGGUGAAGGUGGUGUAGAACAUGGCAGGAAGCUUCAUGUGUUCCACCCAAAUGGCAUCUGGGUUUCAACCAUCAGUAGUGAUGGGGACAAACUCAUCAACCCCCAUGGUGUGGCUGUGACAGAGGAUGGACAUGUGUUUGUAGCUGAUCCUGGUGACCACUGUAUCAGGAAGUACAGAUACAUGUAACAGUACAGAACAUCCUAGUGAGUGAGAACAUCCUAGGUACGGGAACACAAUAUUUCCUAACAAGCCCGCUGAAGAUGGUAUGGGAUAGAAAGAAUACUGAAACAAAGCAUGAUAAGUGUUGUAUAACCAGAUACUUCUUUAAUUAGCCAUUUUAGUUGGGGACCACUCUGGUUGAGGUUGACAAUUUUCUGGUUGAGUUUGAGUUUUCCAAACUUCCACUUAGACAUUCAUGACAUAUUUUAUGAUGAAAUUAUGUAUGAUAGCUAAUGAGUUGAAUAAAGCAUCCAAGUAUCCAAAGUUUACUCUCUAUAGAUCCAUAUACAAAGCAGUAAUUAAAACAAAAGCAGCUUAUACAAAUAUCAAAUGAAAUCUUACAAGAAUCUUCUUUAGGCAAGACGUUCAAAUAUUUUUGAUUAGUAUAUAAUGGGUUCAUCUACUAUCAGCAAGCUGAUUUGUAUUGUGUAACAGUGUAAAAAGUAUUCUUUACUGACACUGAGUUUUCAAACUUUACAAGUUUAUGGACCAGAAUGAAUGGCUACAGUUGUUGUGUUGUUGUAGUAAAAAAUAAAUCUGACUGCUGCCAUCCUUGUGUCUGUGUAUCUUGUGACUGUAACAGUGCUACUGAAAUAGCAAGGAAAUUUGCUGCCCCAUGUACCAGUAGGAAAUACAAACUUAAAAGGGUUUGAAGGAACGAAGGAAUAAACAAUCCUGUAAAAUCUUGUCAAAAAUCCCCACUGUAUAAUACCCUUUAUUUCUUGUAGUUUAUCUAUGCAUCAUCUGUGAAGUUUAAAAUGCCAUCAAGAUAUAUUUCAUGAUUCCUUUAUAUACACAAAUCUCAAAAUCUCAAAGCAAAGAUUCAACUUAACAGUUUCUACCUUUUUAUAAAUUGAAAAAAAUACAUAACUUUUCUCUGAUCAAUAUUAGGUUUCACUGUUCAAAAAGAAUCUUACAUGCAAACCUUUGAUUCUUCCAUCAAAUUUGCUGAUCCUUAAGUUAUGGUAAC